GAAAAAAGAGAGAGAGAAAGAGAGAAUAUAUAAAUGGGAGAUGUACGGAGGAUUGUGGUGGUCGUAGAAGAUAAACAAGCGGCGAGGACGGCGUUACAAUGGGCACUUCACAACCUUUUCCGUCAAGGUGACGUCAUAGUACUCCUCCACGUGUACUCUCCACCACCGCGUAAGAAGAAAUCCACGGCGGCGCGUCUCCUCCGUCGUCACGGAUACCAUCUUGCUCUCUCUUUCCGUGAAAUCUGUGACGCUUUCUUCAACACUAAUACUGAGAUCAUUGUAAGAGAAGGAGAUGAUGAUGGAAGAAUGAUUGCUCAAGUUGUUAAAGAGAUUGGUGCUUCGAUGCUUCUCGUUGGUCUCCAUCAGAACAGCUUUCUUUACAGAUGGGCAAUGAGUGGGAUCGAUGUAGCGAGAAAUUUCAAUUGCAAAGUGAUGGCUAUAAAGCAGCCUUCACCGGAACUUUCGCAUCCGGUGAAGGUUAAAGGACACAAGACCUCUCAGGCAACGGCGACAGCGACUUCAGAUAGUUUAACUAAUUUUGACUUCUCCCAAAUUGAAAUUUCUGGAUUACAGGUUCCUGAGAUUCCGACACCACCUAAAGUGCCAUACAGAUUAUGUCCCAGUCCUCAUGCCAUACUCUGGAGAACAAGACCCCGGAGGAGAUCCAAAGACCAAUACGGUGUCGUUUCCUAGUCUAUGAUUUUUGUUUUUGAGACAAACCACCAAAACUUGACCCAUUCAUUUGUGUCAAAUAAACAAAUUUUACUCGA